UCAAAAGCAGCUGGCAUGCAUAUCGGCAGCUUGUAGAAAUAUCUCUUUUUGGUCCUUUUUCAACACUAUUUAUACCACAUCCCUGCUUCUGCUACAAAUCGUCUGUGUCUUUUCCUUCUUAGCUCGUCAGGCUUGACAUUUCCAGCUGUUCCGCAAUGGCUGCUUCCAAAGCCAUUCUCCUACUACUUGCUGCUCUUCUCUUUGUUACUACAAGGGCUUCUUCUUCAUCACUUGAGCACCAUGAAGAACUGAAGUUAAAGGCUGCUUAUUCCAAAGUCUUAGUACUUGCACCAGCUCCUUCUAAGCUUCCAAUAGUCAAGGCAUCGGCUCCACCACCCCUGGUCAAGGCUCCAGCACCAGCUGUUCCGAGGAUCAGGCCGCCCACUCUACCACCGGUUCCGGUGAUCAAGCCGCCCACUCUGCCACCAGCUCCGGUGAUCAGGCCGCCCACCCUACCACCAGCUCCGGUGAUCAGGCCGCCCACCCUACCACCAGUUCCGGUGAUCAAGCCGCCCACUCUACCACCAGCUCCAGUUGUCAAGCCACCCACUCCACCAACUCCUGUCAGUCCUCUGACCCCAGCGAAGCCACCCACUUACCCACCACUGCCCCCAGUUAAAUCCAAAGAGGAUUGCAUCCCUUUGUGUGACAAGAGGUGCCAAUUGCAUUCAAGGAAGAGAGUCUGCAUGAGAGCUUGCAUGACAUGCUGUGACCGCUGCAGAUGUGUUCCUCCCGGAACUUUUGGCAACCGGGAAAGAUGUGGCAAGUGCUACACUGAUAUGGUCACCCAUGGGAACAGAAGCAAGUGCCCUUGAAAACAAAUCACAGCUUUCUCUCGCUCUGUUAUUUUGAAUUUUAAGCCUGCCAUGUUUGCUUAAGACUGUAUGAGAGAGGAGAAGCGAGAAAAUAAUUGUUUUCCAGUGUCCUUUCUAGUUUCUUUCUACUGCAUCCUGCAUCUAUUGAAUGUGAAUGGGCAAUUACUAGUACUAGUAUGUAUAAUGUAUGGCCUCGGCUCUUUGAUUCAAAUUUUCAAUGUCGUGUAGCAGAUGUUAAUUAAUAUAUAUAUAUUAUUGUACUUUUUGGCCCUUGUUGGGUACAA